AAGAACAAUGAAUCCGGAGACUCAAUCAUCGUUAUCGCAAUUAGAAUCUAACAACAGUAAUCACCUCGUAGAGUCUACCACUCAACAACCAAAGAAAAAAAGACAAGGUCCCUUUCGAGGUCCAAGCAGAGCACUUAAAUAUAAAAAGUUGAGAAGUGUGCAACCAGGAAAGGUCAAAGUUCGUAUUCCAGCAGCUUUGGGAGCUAUUGUGGGCGAUCGUGCAAAUCAAUUUGUGGCCGAAUGUGCUGAUUGGGUGAAAGAAAUAUGCCCUCUUAAUGUUACAAGUUGGAAUGACAUGCCUGAAGAAGCAACAGAUCGAUUGUAUAGUAGGAUUAAGGCUAAGUAUGACUUCAGUGAAGCUGACGGUACACACAUUGAUAAAGCAUUAAGGAUUCAAUGUUCUACCCUUUACAGACAUCGGAGAGAAAGGCUGAAGGCGGCCUAUUUUUCAAAGAGCAGAAAUUUGAAAGAGGUGGAGCGUGCCUGCCCAGUAACAAUUGAUCUUGCUCAAUGGAGGUGGCUUAUAUAUAGCUAUUGGAACCUUCCUAAACAGAGGGCAAGUAUUAAUUACGAUAUAUAUAUUUAUUUGCAUUGUCAUCGUUUUAGUAAUCUAAUAUACAGUUUUGUAAAUAAUAGGAAAGAAGUGAAAAGAAUAGGGCGAAUGCUCUUUAAAGAAGAUCCGGUCAGCUUGUGGUGCCAAAUCAAUAGCUAGGACAAUUUAUGAAUUGGAACUUGAGGCAGAGGCAGGUAGUAAUGAGCGUGAAGAGGAGAACGAGGCCACAAAUGCAUCUAGUUCAAAUGCAACUACAUCAACAACACAAGCUUAUGGCGACCCUAUGUAUUUGAAGCUAUGGGAGAAGACAAAGAGGCACAAAAAUGGAAAGUUUGAUGACGAGGCUGAAAUUAAGUACAACGAGUUUAAAAAGUUGCAUGAGAAAGAAGUUGGAGAGACAGGUGCAGACAAUGUUUCCGUAGAUGUGGCCUAUGAAAAAGUUCUUGGAUAUCGUUCAGGUUAUGCACGGGGGUUAGGUAAAGGUCACCCGGUGUUGUCCAAGGACGAGAAGAAAGGAAGGGCUGAGUUGGAAGUAACUGUAGUGCAACUCCAGAAUGAGAACAACACGAUGCGAGCUGAAUUUGAGCAUCAUAAAGCUGAAACUUUGAGAAAGGAAAAUAAAGCUAAGAAGAAACAAGAAGAACUGGAACAGAAGCUUAAGUUAAUCAUGGAGAAAAUUGGCCUUGAAUCCUUGACAUAAAGAGGUAAUAUUUGAUACUUGAAAUGAAAUCGAAAUUAUUGUGAAUAUAUACUUGUGGGGGUUGGGGUAAAUACAAGUAUUUUAUGGGGAGAUGCUGCCAAAAUUAAUUUACAGAUCGUUAGCUGAAAAGUGAUAUCAUAUUUACAUGAGUAGAUAUAAAUUUAUUGAGAGAUCUGAGCUUUUAUAAACUGUUCUAGACAUAGGAAAAAC